AUGUCGUUUUCUAUGAAUUUAGUUGCGAUUAAAAUUGAUGAUGGUUAUGGAAGUUUAGCACCAAAAACCAACCUCGGUAAAGCCGCAACGAUGGGUUACGCAAUCUUGGGAAUCCCCUUAACCCUCCUUUACCUCUCCAGCGUGGGCUCAGUACUCAGCAGAAUCGCCCGAGGAGUUUUCUCGCGCGCCCUCUGUUGUUGUUUAUGCUCAAAUUGCGGAUAUUGUUGUUACGACGAGAAAAGAAUGGCAGAAAAAGAGCGACGAAUGAAGAAAAAGCGCCAAUUAAUGGAACUAAAACAACAACAAAUGGGCCUACAAGAACCAUUUUACGUCCGAUCCGGCGUUAAUUACAACACAACCGGAAAUAAUUUAAAUAACUUAAACAACUUAACUAACUUAAACGAUUUAAAUUCGUCUACGUUUAAAGAAAACGAUAAUUUGAGUUACUUAGAAGACGUCGAAUCGAAAGUUUCGAUUCACGGUUGGAGUAUUUUAGCCCCGAUUUUGUUGUGUUUGGCUUCGAUGUUUGUUUAUAUCUGUUUGGGGACGUUUAUUUUGUACAAACUUGAGAAUUGGACCGUUUUGGACGGUUUUUAUUUCUGCUUUAUGUCGUUAACAACAAUCGGGUUUUCGAAUAACUUUGAAACAUCAACAACAAACGACCCUAAAACAAUAUGGUUUUGCUCGUUUUAUAUAAUGCUCGGGAUGGCUUUAACGGCGAUGUGUUUUAACGUAGUCCAUGACGAAAUCGUACACCGAUUAAAACACGACGAGAAAUUAUUAAAAAAAGCCAUCAAAAACGGUUGUUUUAACGACGAAAUAAACGAUUUUAACGGGAGGUUUAAUCCGAAUUCAUGACAAUUUAACGAUAAGAGAGUUGGAGGAGGAGGAGGAGGUGGAUUCUACGUUCGAAAUUUAACGGAGGAGACUUUAUUAAGCACCGGGGGAACCCCGACUUCGAUUUCAAUCGAUUUAGGAGUUCCGCAACAAGUUGAUAAUAACAUUGGAAAAUUAGGACCUCAACCCGAAGUUUUAGAAGGAACAGUUUUAAACGUGAUUAAUCCGAAUGUAACGGGAGUUUAUACUUUAAAGGAAGAACCGGAGGAGAAUGAAGAGGACGAUGAAGAUGUUUUAAGAAGAAACGAGAUUUAACUCAACUAAAUAAUUAAAAUUAAUGGAAAAUUAAUUAAAGUAGUUAUAAUAAU